CUGAGACUUGUCUUAUAAUCCUCAACCAGACUUGAUCCAUUAGUCAACUCUUCUCUUCACAAUGGAUGAAGAAGAAGCAAUGUUGCUGCUUAAGGAAGAAGAUGAAGGAAGACGAAGAACUAGUGUUCCUACACAACUCAUGAAACUAAAUAGAAGCCAAUGGUGGAUUCUUGUUUUCAUAAGCAUCUUCUUUCUCAUCUCUGCUCAAGCCAUUUCUGUUCUUCUUGGUCGGUUUUAUUACAAUGAAGGUGGAAACAGUAAAUGGAUCUCUACUCUUGUUCAAACUGGUGGCUUUCCCAUUCUUUAUCUCCCUCUUUCUCUCCUUCCUGCUUCACAAUCUUCUUCUUCUUCUUCUUCUUCUUCUUCUUUCAAGACUCUGGUUUGGAUUUAUCUUUCUCUUGGUUUUGCUAUUGGUUUAGAUAAUUUUUUAUACUCUGUUGGACUUUUGUAUCUCUCUGCUUCAACUUAUUCGAUUCUAUGUGCUUCACAGUUAGCUUUCAAUGGUGUCUUCUAUUAUUACAUCAAUUCUCAGAAAAUCACUUGUUUGAUUUUCUUCUCAGUGUUGUUUCUCUCUAUCUCUGCUGUGUUGGUUUCUCUUGACGAUGAUUCAAAUAGCCCAUCAGGAGAUUCUAAGUGGAGUUACUUGAUUGGGUGUUUCUGUGCAGUUUUUGCUUCUCUUAUCUAUUCUCUUCAGCUCUCUCUUAUGCAGUUUUCUUUCGAGAAGGUUCUCAAGAGUGAGACUCUCUCUAUGGUUCUCGAGAUGCAAAUCUAUACGUCGCUUGUGGCUUCUUGUGUAGCGGUUAUCGGAUUGUUCGCAAGCGGGGAAUGGAUGUUGUUGAGUGUGGAGAUGGAAGAGUUUCAGGAAGGUCAAGUCAUUUAUGUUUUGACUUUGGUCGGGGCAGCGGUUUCGUGUCAAUUGGGUUGUGUAGGAGCCGUGUCGCUUAUAUUUCUGGUGUCUUCGCUGUUUUCAAACCUUAUUAGUACGCUCUCACUCAUUGUUACGCCUCUCGCGGCCAUUGCGGUGUUCCAUGACAAGCUGACUGAGGUUAAGAUGGUGGCGAUGCCCAUCGCCUUCACAGGAUUCACGUUUUAUAUCUACCAGAACUAUCUUGAUGACUUGAAAGUACAAAGAGCACGAGAAGCUCAGGCCGAAUGA